UAAUGGGUUUGCGGCUCAAUUAUUAUUAGUUUUCAAACUUAUCGAAUAAUAGUUGGUCAGUUGUAUCUCAAUAUUUAUUAUUUUUGAUAAAAGUUGGCCCGUUGUAUCUACAUAUUUAUUACUUUGGAGGCAUGGAUUAAUCAGUUUCUGGUUUGUGCUUGAGCCAGUACUAAAAAUUACCUCCGCGUAAUAAAUGUAGGAAUUUAUAUAGCUGGAAGCAUGAAUAGUACAAACAAUUUCAGUGAAAAUAGUGGUAAAGGUCAGGUCUACGAUUCGGGGGACAUAGCCUGGACCUUAUCAUGCACAACGCUAGUUUGGCUCAUGGUCCCUGGGAUCGGGUUUUUCUACUCUGGCCUGGCACGGUCACGGAGUGCACUAUCAUUAAUCAUUUUGUGCUGUUGGUCCAUUGCUGUGGUCUCGAUUCAGUGGUUCCUAUUCGGCUACUCGUUAGCAUUAAGUGAUGGGAGCAAGUGCCCCUUUAUCGGUGGCGUGGAUCGUGUCCUCCUCUACGGACUGGAUGGCCCCAACUACGACGACGGUGGUGGUAACAGGGUCGUCCCGGAAGUGCUUUUUUGCAUUUAUCACUCCAUGGUGGCCGGAAUAACGCCUGCCCUGGUCGUGGGGGCAGUCGCGGAGAGGGGUCGCUUUCUUCCAACGCUUACUGCACAGGUCGUGUUCAUGUUUAUCUGGAGUACCUUGGUGUACGACCUUGUCGCGUAUUGGACCUGGGGGCAGGCGGGGUGGGCGAAUAAAUUGGGAGCGUUGGAUUUUGCUGGGGGCACGCCAGUUCACGUCGCGUCGGGCGCUGCUGCGAUUGCUUAUGCGAUGCAGCUCGGGGAGCGAGAGGGCAGACACGUUCUCAAUUACAAGCCUCACAAUUUGGUCCAAGUCGUUCUGGGCACUUCACUCAUGUGGUUUGGCUGGUUUGGGUUUAAUUCAGGUAACGCCAUGGGUGCGAACGCGAGGGCGGCGAUGGUCCUUCUGGUCACGAAUUUAUCAGCAUCGUUCGGUGGGAUCACGUGGGCAUUGGUGGAUUACAGGAAGAAUAAAUCGUUUUCUGCGUUGAGCUUCUGCUUCGGGGCGGUGGCAGGUCUUGUCUCCGUAACUCCCGCUUCCGGAUUUAUCCGUCCCGCCUCAGCCCCGGUAUUUGGUAUCAUUGGCGCCAUAGCAUGCCGCUGGGCGUCCGGGUUGAAGCACGCCAUCCGACUUGACGACGCACUCGACGUGGUCACCGUUCACGGUGUGGGUGGCCUCAUAGGCACCCUGCUUACAGGAAUAUUUGCGGAAAGGGGGAUGGCUGCUUGGGACGGAAUUACGUGCAUCGAGGGUGGUUGGAUUGAUGGGAACUGGAUGCAAGUGCCGGUUCAGAUUGGCCACUGUGUUGCAGGAGGAGUUUGGUCGUUUAUCGUGACCUACGCAAUUUUGUGGAUUAUGAAUAAAAUUCCAGGAUUGAAAUUAAGGGUUGACACGGCUUCGGCCAAAUUUGGUUUGGAUAAGGGCGAAAUUGGUGAAUGUGCGUAUGAAAGAGUUCCUCCCGUUCCUCCGGGGGGUGAAGGAUCGGGGUCGGAUCCGUCGUAAAGCUAUUAAAUAGUUAUGCAUAUUUUGAAAUUUUUGUACCAUAUUUUCAAUUUUUGUUAAACAUUUUAAUGUUCAAUUUUUGUUACACAUUUUAUUAUUUUUCAACGCUUAAUAUUUGUAAUCAAUUAAAUAAACUACGUUGUUUAAAUUAAGAACUUUUCAGCUAUUAUGAUACUAAUUUACGUUCACACCUUUUAUAACAAUGUGUACUUAAUUUGAAGGUAUUAAAGUAUUCCGUCGUGUAUAAUGUUAUUCAUAA